AUGGGCAGAGCUACCAGCCUACAAAUGAUGAAAGACCGGGUCAUAUGGAUGCUGAAAUAUGACAACUUUGAGCUAGUCGACUUGCCAAAUAACUAUUUUGUGUUCAGAACCACAAACAGGGAGCUGAAUAAGAGACUACUUUACGAUGGACCUUGGAUCAUACAGGGGCACUACCUAGCUGUGCAAAGAUGGAGCCCAAACUUUAAUCCCGACUACAACAAAGUUAAGAAGCUUGCAAUAUGGGUGAGGGUACCGACUCUACCAAUUCACUGCUACUCAGAGGAGUGUCUUCUGGAGCUGGGCAAUAUGAUCGGACGUGCUCUUAAAGUUGAUCUAAAUACUCUGGCACACUACCAAAGCUCCAGUAAUAUGGUAGAAAGGGGAAAAUUUGCAAGGGUAAGCGUUGAGAUUGAUCUAAAUAAAAAGCUGCAGUCCAAGUUUGUUAUCAGGAGAACCGUAUACACAGUUGAAUAUGAAGGCCUAGACAUUAUUUGCUUCAAAUGUGGGAAAUAUGGGCAUACCCAAGAAGAUUGUCCACUCAAUGCAGAACUGGAAAAAACUCAAGCCUCGCCAGACAUGAACUCACUGGAGAAAGAGAGACCGGAAACAGCUGCUGAAGACCAGCCACGUCAUCCAUUGGUUGGAGUGCUAGGUGUCUCAAUCACUAAAGAAUUUGGUACAUGGAUGAAGGCUAAAAAGACAUUCAGACAAUGA